AUGUCUCAAGUUCAACAAUUAAGAAAAGAACUGGAAAAAAUUGAUACCAGUUAUGGGUUGAUGUCUCUAACAUGGAGGGCAGAACCGAUUCCUAAGGAACAAGCCUUUGCAGCUAUGGAGAAAGUUAUUUCCUUUGCCAUUGAAAACAAUCGUAAAGCUUUUUUCAAUAUUGGUGAGUUCUACGGUCCAAAUUGGUCCAAUUUAAAACUUGUGAAUGACUUCUUUAUUGCCAACCCUACUUUAAGAAAGAAUGUUAUCAUUAGUUGUAAAGGUGGGGUUAAUAAUGAAACUUUAGUUCCUAAAGGUAAAGCUGCACAGGUUAAACAAUCUGUCGAGGCUUGUUGUAAAGAAGUUGGGGGAUUUAUUGAUAUUUAUGAAGUGGCAAGACUUGAUCUGGCCAUUACUCCAGAGGGUAAAGAAUAUCCAUAUGAAACUUUUGAAGAAUUAGCAAAAUUGGUCGAUGAUGGUGUUAUCGGAGGUAUAUCGUUAAGUGAAGUUAAUGAAAAGCAAAUUAGAGCUAUCCAUAAAGAUUGGUCCAAAUUCUUAACUUGUGUAGAAGUGGAAUUAUCUUUGUUUAGUACUAAUAUCUUGCAUGAUGGUGUAGCAAAGACAUGUGGUGAAUUAGAUCUCGUGAUCAUUUGUUAUUCUCCAUUAGGUAGAGGUUUAUUAACUGGCCAAAUUAAAAGUGUUGAUGAUAUCCCAGACGGUGAUUUCAGAAAGCUUUUGAAAAGAUUCCAUGGCGAUGCUAUGCAACAAAAUCUAUUGUUGGUUAAAUUCUUAAAAGAUGAAAUUGUGGCCAAACGUGAUCCGGAACAUCCAAUUGAAUUAACUCAAAUCGCUUUAGCAUGGAUUAAGCAUUGGAAUAAGUCUGAUCAAUUCAAUGGCGCUAAAUUUAUUCCAAACCCAAGUGGUUCAAGUGUUGAUAAAGUCACUGAAAACUUCAAUGAAAAGCGAACUCAAUUAAGUGAAGCUGAGUUUGAAAAAAUUAACGAUUUCUUGUCCAAAUUUAAAACUGAAGGUGACAGAUAUGAAAUGGUAUAA